AUGUUCGAAGUGCCAACGUUCAACGUAGACAAAUUUGUACAUACAUUGAUCCAAAAUUUAGGUUUAAGAAUUCAAUCUCCAGUUUAUAAAAAUUUUAGCAAAAUAACCUUUAAUAAGUACGUAGACAGAGCUUGUAGAAUCAACCAGCAAUUAUUUUAUACCAUAGAAAGAAUCAGAGACAUUAAUAUAAAACAGAAUCUGGAUUUUUCCAACGAGAAAGACGUACAAUACUAUAUAGAGAAACAUACUAGACUUUUUGAUAAGUUUGCUUCGUUGAGCAAUACAUGGAUAUCAAAGUCUCAUUUGAAAAAUCUUAAUGUAAGAAUUCUUCAAAAAGUUAAGGCAAGAAGAGCAAAUUUUGAAAGCGCAAAACAAGUGGAAGCUAAAACGUUAAAUAAAAAGAUAUAUUGCAAAAAGAAAGCACAAACCAAUUUAAGUAAUAAGUUGGAUGAAUUGAAAAAGAAUUUAUUAUCGCCAACAUUAUGCUCAGAAACAUCCGUUAACCUACAUAAUUAUAAAAGAAGUAAAUGUAGGAAAGCUACUAUAUUUAAAAAUCCUAACAUAGUUUGUCAUGAUACGCCUGUGCUUAAAAGCUGCAAAGAUAAUAUUUCAAAAAUAGAGAACAACAAUCAGAAAGUUUCUGUCAGGCAUGAUUUGUCAAAUAAUCUAAUAAAUGUUGCAAAAAAAGAAACAGAAAUGGCUGAGGGAUUCUUAUAUUUGCAUACAAAAGAUAUAGAAAGCCUAAAGAGAAAAGUUCAUGUUACUCUUUAUAUUGCAAAGAAUGAGAGUUACGAUCAUGUUAUAAAAGAUCAAAUACAAUACAACCAAUUGCUUUGCCGUCAUGCAAUUCUGUGCCUGAUCGAGCCUAGCAAAAAGGCUUUCGUUUUAUUUGAGGAUGAUUUGUCAGUUAUUAUCCAGAAAUAUUUAUCUCAAGGAUACAAAUAUCAUUUUGAAUUUCAGAGAAAUUCACAAGAAUCCUGUACCGCGUUACUUAUUUUGAGUCAGUGGGCCAAAGUUUUAGUUAAACAUUUGAAUACAACGAUGAUGCUUACAAUUUCCGGUAUACUGGGAUGCGAUGUACAAGAAAUAUUAGUUCUAGAUAGUCCGGAAGAAAAGUUAUUAUAAAUGAUUUAAGUAGAACAUAAUGUAAUUUUGAAAUAAAGAAAUUUUUUUCAAUGUAUCCGUAUUGUGACAAAAUUUACAGUUUACUUUUUAAAUGACGGUUUAUUGUAUAAGUAGUUUGUGUAAUUAAUUUUAAUAAAAGCAAUUUAUCGUUUGUACCAAUUAAUAUCAAUUAUUUUUUUUAUAUCGAUUACUAGCUAUGAAACAUUUACAACUUCAUAGGUAUAAUGAAAGAUGG